UCAAAAUUUCGCUAUUCGGUUCGUUGAUUGCGCGGUUCGCAUCUCGUGCGUCUGCGCCUAAGCACAGUCUGCCGCCAUGGGCACCUGUAGAUUCAUCUGGCUACUCCAAUGAUGCCAAGGCGAAAACUGAAGACAAGCCAAAGGUGCGUCUGGAUCGCGGUCCAUUUGCCUCGCAAUUGGAUUACAAGUCCAGACUGCAAUUUAAUGCGCCCAAAUUGGCUUACCCGCUGAGCGGCAUCAUAUGUACUAUUGGGCCCGCCACAAAUAAAGUGGAAACCUUGGUUAAGCUCAUCGAGGCCGGGAUGCGCGUGGCGCGCUUGAAUUUCUCCCACGGCUCACAUGAAUAUCAUUGUCAGACCAUAAAAGCGGUGCGGGAGGCCGUGAAUUGCUAUGCACAGCAGAUCAGCGCGUAUAAGCCGGUGGCUAUUGCAUUGGACACCAAGGGACCGGAAAUACGUACGGGUCAGCUAUCAGGUUCCGAUACGGCCGAAAUUGAACUUAAGCAAGGAGAUAAAAUCAAGCUAUCCACUAAUAAAAGCUUGGAGGCGUCAGGCAGCAAGGAUGGCAUCUACGUAGACUAUCCCAAAUUGCCCAAGAUCGUCAAGCCCAGAAAUUUGAUAUUUAUUGAUGAUGGGCUUAUUUCGUUGAUUGUUAAGGAAGUAAGCGGCGAGGAGGUUGUGUGCCAGGUGCUUAAUGGCGGAAAAAUCGGAUCUCGCAAAGGUGUUAAUCUUCCCGGUAUUCCAGUCGAUUUGCCGAGCCUUUCCGACAAGGAUGUAUGCGAUUUGCAGUUUGGCAUAGAGCAGGAUGUAGACAUGAUCUUUGCUUCGUUUAUACGUAAUGCUACAGCCUUAGCCGAAAUCCGCGAGGUGCUGGGACCCAAGGGAAAGCGAAUAAAAAUUAUAUCCAAGAUUGAGAAUCAACAGGGUAUGCAAAAUAUUGAUGCUAUCAUUGCAGCGUCAGACGGUAUUAUGGUGGCUCGUGGUGAUCUUGGUAUCGAGAUACUCACCGAAGAAGUCGUUCUAGCCCAAAAGUCCAUAAUUGCCAAAUGCAACAAGGUGGGCAAACCAGUUAUCUGUGCCACCCAAAUGCUGGACUCCAUGAUUGGCAAGCCGAGACCAACUCGAGCCGAGGCGUCAGAUGUCGCCAAUGCCAUAUUUGAUGGCGCCGACUGUGUAAUGUUGUCCGGCGAAACGGCCAAGGGCAAGUUUCCUGUGGAGUGCAUCAAAUGCAUGGCGAAUAUCUGCGCAAAGGUGGAAAACGUUCUAUGGUACGAGCGCCUGCAAAACGAUUUAAGGAGCUCCAUGAAAGCGUCAAUGUCGGACAACAUAUUGGCGAUUACUUCGGGCAUCACUGAAAUCGCUACCUUGGGCCAAGCCAAUGCCAUAGUUAUAGCUAGCCCAAGUCCGGUUGUGGCACAGCUGGUAAGUCAGUUUCGACCAAAAUGUCCGAUUGUCUUUCUUACGGGCAGUCCAAGAAGAGCACGACAGUCAAUUAUUUUUCGCGGAGUGUAUCCGAUUGUUCCUGAGGAAAUGGUAAACGGUUGCAAGGAUUUUGCGCGCAUUCUGACAGCGGGCAUUGAGGAAAUGACCAAGAUGCAAAUUGUAGAUGCGGACAAGCCUAUGAAACUUAUGAUUGUAAAUGCCUUGGAGGCAGAAAAGAUAUCCUUCCGUCUCUUGUACGUUAAGCACAAGUCUGAGGAAGAAAAAUGCAAAGAAGCUGCCGAAGCGAAAGCAAGGCUCAUCAAAGCUGAAGAGAAAAAAAGCCAAAAACGAAAAAGUUGUGCAAAGAAGUCAGAUCAAAGCAAAUCGCCAGAGCAGAUCGAAAGGUGUAAAAAGCUGGCCGAAAAACGGGAAAAGUUACAGAAAGCCAAAACUAGCAAGUCUCCAUCCAAUGAUGAAGAAAAAUUGAGAAAAUGCAUGGCCAUUUUGGCUGAAGCAAAUAAAGAGAAAGACGAUAAGUGCUAAUUGGUGUAGAAAGCCUGGUAGAACAGAUCAAAUUACUAAUGGGAUCAAUAUUUUUAGUAUAAGCCGAAGAGCCUUUAAGGAAAAUUUCCUUUUACUACUUAUAUAUAAUACAAUAUGUUAUUUAAUUUUGUCCAAUAAAAAUCCUAACGU